AAUUGGAGUCAUACGACUGGGUGUUUCCUUCCGAGUGGUUUUGAUCAGCAAUCCAUUAGGGGAUCAUGGAAACUUUUUUUUUUUUCCUGGCUAAAAGGAUGAAAACUGAGUAAGUACAUAGAACUUUGAACUUGAAACGGAAUGAAACAAAUACAAGCAAAGCCCUGACAGUCACCACGUCCAUUCAAACCCCUCAUUCUCUCUUUUCAUGUUAAAAGCCGUGAAUGCUUACAGGAAAGUGGGAAUUUAAAACUGAAUGAAAGGAAGCCCACAAAAGGCUGAAAGCAAGGACUGCUUUAAAACCUCAGGAAAAAUGAGGAACUGCUAAGGCAACCUGGCCUGCCUCCAGCUGUGCAACAGGCACUUCGGGUUUUAACCUAUUGCAUUCUUCAGUGCUGUUUUCAGACUCCAGAUUUACUUGGGUGUUGUUUUCUCUCUUCCUGUUAAGCUGGGGCAGAGUCGGACGCCUUCACUGAGUUUUAGGAUGUUGUGAAAAUAAGACAUUACCGGAAGCAACAGUUGGGCAGCCCGGAGCACACUCAGGUUAUUCGUUACAACUAUUAUUUUGAUGUCUUUUUUUUUUUUUUUUUUUUUUAAACCUGGGUCAGCCACUUUUUGCUGUCGUCCAUGGAAGGGCACUUAUUCACCGUCUCAGACUUUUGGGACCUGUGAUUCUCUGGCAUGACCCAUCGGAAAGUUCUUAAGCAGGGAUGGAGCAAACUUGACUGGAGUUGUGGAAAAAGAAGACAGAUCUGUAUAUUUUCAUGCUGACAAAAAAGUAGCUGCUAUGACUUUUCCCGCAACGUGGACAGGGGCCAAGUGAAGCUGAACUGGACAUGGUCUGUCGCCCGGUGUUCCCUUGUCGUCGGCGAUUUUGCCCCCGGCCCUUCUUGGUGGGCUUGGUGGUGGCCAUCUGUCUCUUCUACCAGACCCUGACGCUCCGAGGGACUAGGAAGCUCCCGGCCGCGGUCGCUGGGGCUGUCCCCCGCACAUCCACGUUAACCCAGGCAAGCAGAUGCAAGAAGCGAUUCGCCCAGGACGAACAGUGCUUCCUUCUCUCCGGUAAUGCACAGGAAAUCAGAAAGAUUGAAGAAUCAAUUGAGAGACGCUUUGGCAGUCAUGACCGAAGGGCCAUACUCUACAGACCUCUUUCCUACAGCAAAACAGAACUCCAAUUCCACCAGCGAGUUCUCGCUCAGCAUCGCUAUGCGGUUGUCAUCGCCAAAGAAAGGCUCGAUGCUGGCCUUAGGCUGGGGCCGCUAGAACAAGGUGAUUUGGGUCCUUGGGAUCUGCUCAUCUGCCUGUCUUCUAAGAAAGCUGAUGGAAAACCCUGCGUAUCCAUGGAAGACAUGUGCCAGUUAGGCUUACAUCAAAAGGUAAACACAUUACCAGAAAUACAGCAUCUGCUUUGCAGAAAGGAAGGAUUAUGUCAAAUUAUUAGAAAAUUUCCAGAAUUGCAACUUCCAGUGAGUCCCUCUGUGUGUCUGGAUCAGGAAGUGCAAUUAAAGCCGAGUACUUCGAGUCACCUCUUAAAAGCAGUCAAGUCACAUAUGUGGAAACCAGGAGACUGGAGACAUGAACAGCUGAAUCAAACAACACUCCUUGCUCCCCAUGAAACAAUCUUUAGAGCCGAAGAUCUAUCUGUGAUUCUUAAAGCGUAUGUGUUGGUGACAUCCUUAACUCCUUUGCGUGCAUUCAUUCACUCAACUGGCACGGUUUGGAAUCCACCAAAGAAAAAACGCUUCACUGUCAAGCUGCAAACAUUUUUUGAGACAUUCCUGAGAGCCAGUUCACCUCUUCGGGCUUUUGAUAACAUGAAGGAAGCAAUUAGCAAACUCCUGCUUGCAGCUGAAGUAUUCAGUGAACCAUCUCCUCUGGGACCAAAGACCCUCAAUAGAUGCAGAUUAUGUUUUCAACUUUUAACGUUUGAUAUUGGUUAUGGCAGUUUCAGGUACCCAGUAGUGCUCCAGGUACAUGAGCAUUUACAUUUUCAAGAUAAUUAUAACAUGGAUUUUGAGGACCAAAAUACAGAAGAAUUCCUUUUAAAAGACACUUUCAAUUUUCUCUUCUCAAAUGAAUCAUCACUUUCUGUAUUUUCUGAGAUAUUUCGGAGACUUUAUAGAUCAAAUGUAUUUAAGGGUGAAAACUAUCCAAAAGAAUUAAGUCAGUGUCUGUCUUUAGAAGAAAUUAACUCAAUUAUGACUUUCAUAAAGGAACUCGGGAGUCUGGGACAAUUCCAACUGCUCUUCCCAUCUACCACUCCUGGGAUUCAAUCUUUGAUGCGUGAAUUUUAUGAUAUGGCAAAUCCUAUGGGAAAACCUGGCUCAGUCCUGACCCAAUACUGGUCUCUUUUAAAUGCAUUUGAACAAUUUCAGCUCAUGAAUACAAAGGCACAGCUACAUCCACUGGAAUGGAAUUCCUUCACAGAGGAUGAGAACAUUGAAAAACCACAAGUGUCAUUUGGUACAAUAGAAAAUAAAAAAGCUGCAGUUCCACAGAUUAUGAAUGAAAAUAAAGAAAUACAUUGCAGUAAUGAUCAAAACAUACCAUGUCACAUCAAGCAGAUCUUCACACAUCCACAUUUGGAACUAAAUCCUGAGUUUAAUCCAAAGAUCAAAGAUUACUAUGCUGAAGUCCCAUUUGAUGUGGUAACAGUGACAAUCGGAGUGGAGACAUCUAAGUGUCAGUGCAAGGUGCACCUGCAUGAGCAGGCAGGUCCAAGCUUUUCCAACUACCCCCUGGGUUUAGGAAUGAACAAAAUCUCAAUAUUUGUGGUGGAUGGAUCUCCUGCCCAGGGAGAUACCCUGAUUGCAUACAAACUCACCAUCUAUAGAGAAGACCGCCCAAGUCUGCCCUUGUUUGAGGACUUCACAGCAUGUGGUUUUGUGCAGGAUUGUGGUUUGGUGAUUCACCCAGAGGAAACCUGUGGAUUACAGCCUAUUUCUUCUGACUACAUUGAAGCCAUUUCACAGUCUGAACUAAAAAGGUGUCCAUCUGGGGACAUGAAAGGUCAAUGGAUUGUGCCUUGCCUUAGUUGUUCAGACAACAGGACAUGUGACUGGAGAGAAAUAACUUGGCAGCCCCAUGACUGCCAAUAUGGCGUACUAACUAAGCCUCAACUCCAGCAGUGCCUGGGAGGAAGAAAGAUUAUUUUCAUUGGAGAUUCAACCAACAGAGGGAUCAUGUACUAUUUGAUUGAAAGACUGAAUGAAACGUUGCAGGAAUGGCAGAAGGUUCAUGGCACUAAAUUUUAUCACAACGUCAAUGGUGGGAAAACUUUGAUCAGUUAUUCCUACUAUCCCCAGUUCUGGAUAAGUGCUUCAUUAAGACCAACAUUUGAAAAAGCCCUUGAACAUCUCCUGCAAAGAUCACGUCCUCUAGAGAAUACCGGGCAGACUAUAUUGGUUGUUGGUGGUGUUCAGUGGCUUAAUUCCAAUCACCUGCAAAUUAUUCACAAGGUUUUGAAGAGGGAACAUUUACUCAAUAUCCUAGUGAUCAUCAAAACUUUGGGAAUUGGAUUUCAUCUGCCAGUGGAUGGAGUACAUUUCUUAACACAGAGUGAAGUACAGAACUUAUGGAAAGAAAACUUGGAUAUUCUAGAUGCUGCAAAAAAAUAUGGCUAUGAAGUGGUUGACACAUUCACUAUAACAAUGGGGCGCUACAAAGAAUUUCUGCAGGGAAAGUGUGGCUGUCAUUUUCAUGAGAUAGUGAAAUCAGAGUUAUCCAAAGAAUAUCACUUUAUUAAAAUGAAAAGAUCAAGGAAUCAUAUCGUGGGAAAAUAUUUCAGCAAUCAAAGCAAACUACACCAGCAAGACUCUGUAACAAAUUUUCAAUCAUCGUAUCAUGUCAGAGGCCCAAUAAAUCAGGUUUGUUCUGAAAUCCUUCUCAGCAGGAUGUGUGCGAGUAAAAAGACUGUGUAGGCUCCCUGCAGGAGAACUGACUUUGGACUUGGAGACAAGCCACUCACCUGGACAAUGGUCUAGGAGCCAAACCCUGUGCAUCGCACACAUUUUGGAUUGACCACACACACUCGUGCUCACUGACACACACGUCUACACCAAUACACACAUAGCUAAAACAAAGUAAUAAAGCACUUUUCUUACAGUUUUAU